UCCUCCUUCACUUUCCCCUCCGAUUUUUCCUCAUCCCAACGAAAUCCUCCGAAGCUGCAGAGAUAAAUCGAGCGUGUUGGCCCAAGUUGCCCUCCACGAUUAGCUGAAGGCGCGGCGCAUUAGAUUUGACAGGGAAAGCUUGCAUCCGCCUUGCUCAAGUCUGUCCGCCCCCAUCUGCCUUGCUCAGGUUUGUCUAUGGUAGCCCCAAGUUGUAGAUGAAAUGCUACGUUACUACAAAGAGAAGAUUCAGUCUGAGGAAAAACAAUUUGUCUUCAAAGAGACACAUCAUGAGGAGUGUGCAAAACAAAUCAAUGCAAAGUUUACCACCGCCUUCACACAAAGGCAAGUUUAUCACAAGUUCCAUAAGCUGAAAGGUCAGUGGAAGAUCAUACUAGAGGCGAAGAACUUAAGCGGUGCCAAUUUUGAUGAUGUCAACAAGAUAAUAUUAUAUGACGAGACUGAAGUUGUUCGGAUGAAGAACAACAAAGACAAAAGGGCAAAAUAUAUCAAUGUGCCUAUUGCCAACUUUGAUGAGAUGGAGUUCAUAUUUCAGGAUAAGCAUGCUACCGGGGAGUUCACGGUCCUUCAAACAUCCUAUGACCGUGUUCAUGCUCGUGACAAGGAUUUUAUUGGUGACACCGAGAAGAGUGUGAUUGAUAUUGAGAUUGAUCCUGCAACACAAUAUGAUUCAGAUUGUCUUCCCGACGACACCAAUAAUGAAAGCUCAUCUUCGAAGCGUCCUAGAGGUGGCAAACGCGAUAAGGGUAAGAGGGUCAAGUGUGAGGAGAGUGUAGUUCAAGACAUGACGCGGUCUCUGCGUGAUAUGUCGGAUACUAUGCGUUUCACACACGUGACCAACCCGAAUGAGAAUUUAUUCAAAAUAAUUGAUGACAUGGAAGAAUACCCUCUCUUUGUCCGACUUGCACUACAGACAUCUUUGGCCACCAGUGAACAAGUGGCGUCCAUGUUAAAAGGGAGGCCGAUGACUGCUAUUCAAGAGUUCGUGCGGCGCUGGGUUGGUGAUAACUUUCCUGAACACGUCCAUGUCGCUCCUGACGUGUGAUUCAUUUUGCUGUAAAUUUUUAGGAUUAUUUUGUAUGUCUUCCAGCGUCGUCUCCUAUGGAAAUAAUGUCCAUGCCUCAUGCUUGCAUGUAAUAAUGUC